AUGCAGGCCGUUGUCUUCAAAGGACUUUUCGAGGUUGCUCUCGAGGAGCGUCCCAUUCCUCAGAUCCAGGAUCCCACCGACGUGAUCGUCAAAGUACGCUACACGGCACUAUUAUAUAGUGAACUCCACGUCUUCCGCGGUCACCAGCCGUCCACGACCGGCUUCAUCAUGGGCCACGAAUUCACCGGAGAAAUUGUCGAAACUGGCUCAGAAGUCCACAAUUUCCAUACAGGCGACCUAAUCGUCUCGCCAUUUACCGUGAGCUGCGGGGAAUGCUUCUACUGCGUGCGGGGCUGUUCGUCUCGCUGUGCUAAAUGCCUACUCUACGGCUGUCCUAUCCUUGACGGCGGACAGGCGGAUUACGUCCGUGUCCCGUUGGCAGACUCGACGCUGGUCGCUGCACCGAAGGACAUCGAUGAGAAGAAACUUGUCCUGAUGGCGGAUAUAUUUCCUACUGGGUAUUAUGCCGCUAACAAUGCAUUUAAGGGUAUGGAUGACGCCACAGUGCAGGAAAGUACGGUGAUCCUGUUUGGGUGUGGGCCGGUAGGGAUUUGUGCUUUGAUCAGUGCACUGGAGUAUCGGCCGAAGCAUCUUAUUGCGAUCGAUAGUGUUCCGGAUCGAUUGGACUUGGCGGGACGGUUGGGUGCUGAGCCGUGGAAUUUCCAGACGCAGGCAGAUGGGCUAAGGGAGAGGGUGAAGGAGUUGACCGAGGGGAGAGGAGCUGAUGUGGCAAUUGAGGUGGUGGGACAUAGUAGUGCCUUGGCUAUGGCGUUUGAGAUGUUACGGCCUUGGGGACGGAUUUCGAGUGUGGGAGUGCAUUUUGGCGAGAUUCCAUGGACGGGCUUUCAGGCUUUCAGCAAGAACCUCCAGAUUGAGAUGGGGCGGUGUCCGGUCCGGAGCACUUUUGAGGAUGCGCUGAAGCUGUUGGUUCAGAAGCAGGAUACUCUCGAUUUCAUGGUGACUGACGUGCGACCACUCUCGACUGCUGUCACAGCAUACGACGAUUUCAACCAUAUGCGAUCGCAGAAGAUAAUUUUCGAGGGCGGAAAUCAAUCUCAUGUUGCACGUCCAUGGUGA